AUGCAGCACAACACACAUCACACCAUGGACUCUCAACUUAUCCCACUACCCGAUUUCAGACUACCAGACCAUCCAAACGCUACAUUAAAUCUCAAUGGCUCCCCUCUCAGCAUCAUCGACCCAUCCAGUCUCACUCUCGAGACCACUAGCGAAAACAUUACCCCAGCAAUCGGCCUAGCAACAGUCUUGUACAAAUGGCAUCCAAAUGCACUCGCAGCCUUUCUAGACCUAGAUGCCUGGUUCUCCUUAACAUGGACCUUAAGCAUCGCCGAAGGCACACCCGAAGGAUCGAAAAUCGAAAUUGGACGUAUAGGCAACCAAAUCACUUUCGGCAGCCUGGACAGCAGCGGCGAUAACUGGACGUUGAUGCUUACCUACAACAUCGUUCUAGAAGGCGAAGAGAGGGGAAAGUGGAUACCGAACCCCAAAGAGAGUAUGUUGGGUGAAAAAGAUGUCACAGAUCCGGAGGAGAUUGAGAAGCUGGGUAAAGAGUUUGCGGAGAAGAUUGUGAGGGCGAAGAGGUGGGAGACGGGGAAGAAGAUGAAGCAUAGGUUCUUUGUGGAGUAUGCGCCCAUGGAUGUUUGGGGUGAUGGGAUACCGAUGAGUCCGCAUUGGCUGUACUCUUCUCUCGAUCUUUCAAUGUGUACGGCUUGUAAGAAGACGGGUGUUGCGUUGCAACGAUGUGGAAGGUGUGGUACGUCGACGUACUGUUCGGAUGUUUGUCAGAAAGGGGAUUGGGCUGUGCAUAAGGAUGUUUGCAGUAUGAGCAUGGAGGAUAGGGGACAGGCGAUCAAGUUGUCGGAGAAGGGUGGGCUGAUCAAGUGGGAUGUGGAGAAGACGUAUGCGAAGGAGGAGGGGGAGAUGAGCGCGAAUCCGAAUUUUGAGACACCCCAGGUGAAGCGGAAGAUGACGCAGAUUACCGAAAGUAGUGAGAAGAGCGGAUGA